AUGCAGUGGACCCCCGAGCACAGCCAGUGGGCCGAACAGCAUUUCGACAUCUCCUCCACCACGCGCUCGCCAGCCCACAAGGCUGAGGCCUACAGGGCGUUGCCCGGCCACCUGCAGCGCUCCACCGCCUACCAGUACGCCUGGGCCAACGACGACAUCUCCGCCCUCACCGCCUCCAACCUGCUCAAGAAGUAUGCCGAGAAGUACUCGGGUAUUUUGGAGAUGCCGGGCUCGUACUCGGAGGCUCCCGGGGUGAUGAACGGACGGAAAGGCGAAUCGGAGCCCUGGCAGGACGGCGUCUACCCCAUGAGCUGCAUCCCCGAGGGGGUUUCGGUGAGAAAAGGAGGGGUGGCGGCGGCGUCGGAGGUGGUGUCGGGCAUGUGCAGCUCCCCGGGCCUGGCCUCCAGCACCCUGAGUGAGCCCAGCUACUCCAGCAGCAGCUGUGGGAGCCACACUGCCACCGCCCUCCACUCCUCCUCCAUGCCCUCUCAGGAAUACGGCCCGGCGUACAGCGGCUCCUACUUGCACAGUAGUUACAGCUCGCAGUCCGCCCCCACCCCAGCUCUUCCCUCCCCACUGCACAGCUCCGGGCUCCUGCAGCCACCUCCUCCGCCGCCCUCCCACCCCACUUUAGUCCCAGCUUACAACGGAGGCUCCCCCAACUUGUCCAGUUAUAAUUACCCCCCAGCAGGCUACCCAGCUCAGAGCUCAGUCGGGCCAGGAUACAGCCCUGGGGGAGCACCCCCUCCAUCCUCAUACCUCCCCUCAGGCAUCGCUGCACCGACACCCCUUCCCCCGUCUUCUGCUUUACCUGGAUACCCAUACCAGAGCCACAACCUGACCCCCAUCGCCCCGACCCCCCUCAGCAGUAGCUCCUCCAACUCCCUGAAGAGGAAGGCCUUCUACAUGACAGGCCAAGGAGAGAUAGACUCCUCCUACGGUAACUUCGGCUACGGUCAGGCUCGGAGCUCCGCCGAGAGCCCCAUGUACCGGGUGGCGGACAGCAGCAGUGCAAACGGAGGCUCCAACAGCGGCGGCGGCGGUGGCGGCGGCUUCGACAGGAGUGCGGAGAAGUCGUCUUUUAAUCCUCAGAAACAGUCCACCAUGUCGUCAGAGCAGCAGAGGAAGUACAGCAGCCAGGCAGCAGGUGGGCCGCUCACUCCUCCGGCGUAUGUCUCCUCCACCCUGGGGGGUUCCCGCUCAGCAGACUCCCUCGCCAGCUUCACCUCCCCCUCCCUCAGUGAGCAAGGUGCUGACGAUCACCGCCUCCACCUCUCCCACUCAGCGCCAGGGCCUACCUCCUCCUCGUCCACGUCCUCCUCCCGGCCUGCAGAAGAGCAGUUAAAAACCAGUGACCCUCACCUCCUCGACAUGGUUACCUCUGAAAUCGUUCAGCAGGGCCCCCCCGUGGACUGGAGUGACAUUGCAGGUCUAGAACUGGCCAAGGCGACUCUGAAGGAGGAGGUGCUGUGGCCCAUCCUCCGCCCGGACAUGUUCAGCAGUUUAGGACCGGCCCCUCGGUGCGUGUUGCUGUUUGGCCCCAGGGGCAGUGGCAGGACGUUGCUGGGUCGCUGCCUGGCCAGCCAGCUGGGGGCGCCGUUCCUUCAGCUCAGCGGGUCCACGUUGGCCACCAAGUGGCUGGCGGAUGGAGAAAAAAUAAUCCGAGCGUCCUUCCUGGUGGCGCGCUGCCGGCAGCCCUCAGUGCUCUUCAUCAGCGAGGUUGACAUGCUGCUGUCGGCCCACCUCAGUGAAGAGAGUCCCAUCAACCGGCUGAAGGGGGAGCUCCUCGCCCAGCUGGACUCGCUUCUCCUGGGCUCCGGCGAGGACGCGGGCAACCAAGUGUUGGUGGUCUGCUCCACAAGCAGACCCCAGGACAUGGACGAAGGGCUGCGCAGGUACUUUUCUCGGAGGGUCCUGGUGCCCCUGCCGGACAGCGCAGCCAGACACCAGAUGGUGAACCAGCUCCUGGCCCAGUCUCAGCACAAGUACUGCGUGAGCGAGGAGGAGCUGGCGCUGCUGGUCCAGCGUACAGAGGGUUUCUCCGGACUGGAUCUGGCCAGACUCUGCCAGGAAGCCCUUGUAGGUCUGUUACACGUCUCUGCACAGGGCAUGGACAUGACAGGUAUGAUGCCCAGGGGACAGAUAAGGCCCCUCACCUACCAGGACUUUGAGAGUGUCUUUUGUAAAUUCCAAGCCAGUAUAUCACAGAAAGAGAUUGACACGUACACUGAGUGGAACAAAAUGUUCGGCUGCAGCCAGUGA